AUGCCUCUCGACAACAUCCGAAACAUCCUCCUUGUGCUUUCCGGCAAAGGUGGAGUCGGCAAAUCGAGCGUAACUACGCAACUCGCUCUCACACUAUCGCUACAAGGGCAUACAGUUGGUGUCUUGGAUAUAGACUUGACGGGCCCGAGUAUACCGCGCUUUUUUGGCAUUGAAGAUGCGAAAGUAAAGCAGGCGCCUGGUGGUUGGAUACCGGUCGAUGUACACGGUGCGCAGACAUUGGCUGCGCAUAAGAGAGUAGGUGGAGAGGAUGGAAGCACAACAGAGCAGAAAGAGGGAGGAGAGACGGCUGCGGAUGGUCAAAAGAUUGGGUCAUUAUCCUGCAUGUCUCUAGGCUUCAUCUUGGCUUCGCGCUCCGACGCUGUAAUCUGGCGCGGUCCGAAGAAGACCGCCAUGGUCCGCCAGUUCUUGACCGACGUCCUCUGGCCACCGCUCGAUUACCUACUCAUCGACACGCCGCCUGGUACCUCAGAUGAACACAUUUCUCUCCUCGAAACCCUCUUGAAGAACACGACACCAUCUCCUGCUCUGAAUCCGCAUGUCCCGUUUCUCGCUGGCGCCGUCGUAGUCACAACCCCCCAAGCUAUCAGCGUUAGCGACGUGAAGAAGGAACUAAACUUCUGCAAGAAAACCGGCAUUAGGGUCCUAGGCGUAGUGGAGAAUAUGGCCGGAUUCGUCUGUCCAAAUUGUUCGGAAUGCACAAACGUCUUCAGUAAAGGCGGCGGUACGGUCAUGGCAACGGAAUUCGAAGUCCCAUUCUUGGGAUCAGUACCCAUUGAUCCAGCAUUUGUGGAGUUGGUCGAGAGCGGGACAAGGCCUGUGUAUCCCAAGGGUACGAUUAUGCAGGGGAAGGUGAUGGAUACCGAAGAGGUUGCGGCGCUGAAGAGCAAGGAUGGACUUUUUGUGGAGAAGUAUCGGGAUUGCUCGUUGGCGCCACUUUUCGAUGAAUUUUUCUCCACCCCCACUCUUCGUGCAUUGCUUGCUACUAUCAUCGCCGUGUCGUUGUUUACUUCACUACUCUUCGUUGUCAUGACGGUGUGCUGGGAUGUCGUCAUGCCAUCUCGUGUGACUCUGGUAUUGCAGGUUAAAUACCUGCGAGAUCGCUCUGCUAUAGCGAAUCAGCAGGUCAGUAUCUUGCACACACGUCAGGCUCCAGUCCCAGUCGCCGUUACCGGUCUCCUACUCAAGAUUCCCUCUCGUAUUGGUACUUUUGGCUUGUUGCCUACAGAAUAA